CAUUUCGUACCGAUCUUUCCAUUUUCGUCUCGUUUCGAAACAAAGCAGAAUCGCGCUGUGCUCACGCGCUCUCUCUCCGACUCGCUUCAAUUUCACGAUCUUCUCCUGUCACACUUCGAAGUUUAGACGACGGCGUUUGGUUUCGUCUUCUCCGAUCAGAUUUUGUUUUUUGGUGAGCAGUAAUUUGAAUAACAUGGAAAAUGAAAGAAGGAACAAUAAUAAGAGCGAUGAUUCAAGAAUGCGAGGGUUUAGACCUAGUUUGAGAGCAAUGAUGUUUGUGGUUGCGGUGAUAUGGAUUGGUGUAGCUGCUUUGUAUGGUUUAUUGAAGCCUAUAUCAAAUGGUUGUAUUAUGACAUAUAUGUAUCCGACUUAUAUCCCAAUUUCCACAAUGGAGGGCGGAUCAUCUGCAAAAUACGGGUUGUAUUUGUACCAUGAAGGUUGGAAAAAGAUUGAUUUUGCGGAACACUUAAAGAAACUCAAUGGAAUUCCCGUUCUUUUUAUUCCGGGCAAUGGUGGUAGCUACAAACAGGUGAGGUCUUUGGCAGCUGAAUCUGAUAGAGCUUAUCAAGGGGGUCCUCUUGAACGCACAUUCUAUAGAGAAGCUUAUCUAGCUUCCAAGGAGGGAGGGAAUGUGGAUAUGGCUGACAUCCAAUUACCGAAUCAAUAUGCUAAUAGGCUAGAUUGGUUUGCUGUGGAUCUUGAGGGUGAACAUUCUGCAAUGGAUGGUCGGAUACUUGAAGAGCACACUGAAUAUGUAGUAUAUGCUAUUCAUCGGGUUUUGGACCAAUACAAAGAAUGCCGUGAUGCCCGGGGAAGUGAUGGUGCUGCAACAACUGGUAGCUUGCCGAAAAGUGUCAUAUUGGUUGGCCACUCUAUGGGUGGUUUUGUUGCUAGAGCGGCAACAGUCCACCAUCGUCUCAGGAAAUCAGCUGUUGAGACAAUUCUAACUCUUUCAAGUCCCCACCAGUCACCUCCUCUCGCGUUGCAACCAUCAUUGGGUGACUACUAUACAAGUAUAAAUGACGAAUGGAGAAAGGGGUACGAGGUUCAAACCACUCGAACUGGGCGUUAUGUAUUUGGCCCAAAACUAUCCAAUGUCGUCGUCAUUUCCAUUUCUGGUGGUUAUAAUGAUUAUCAAGUUCGCUCAAGAUUAGAAUCCCUUGAUGGUAUUGUGCCUCCCACUCAUGGAUUUAUGAUAAGCAGUACAAGCAUGAAAAAUGUAUGGCUAUCUAUGGAACAUCAAAUUAUUUUAUGGUGUAAUCAACUCGUUGUGCAAAUGUCACAUACCCUGCUUAGUUUGGUAGACUCCAGAACUGGUCGGCCUUUUCCUGAAACUCAAAAAAGACUUGCCAUAUUCACAAAGAUGCUUCACAGUGAAAUUCCGCAAAGUUUCAAUUGGAUGCUGCAACCUCAGUCAUCUUGGUCUGCUCGUGUUCCUGCAAAGGAUGUAAAAGACACUGCUGGUCCACAAGUGCAUACCUUGCCUGGCUGUCCUAGCAGUUUUCAUUGGAAUGAUGAUAUCCUUGAGAGGGAUUUGUAUAUUCAAACAACAACUGUCACCAUAUUGGCCAUGGAUGGGAGAAGACGGUGGUUGGACAUACAGAAUUUGGGGGCAAAUGGAAAAGGCCACUUCAUAUUUGUUACAAACCUUGCUCCUUGUUCUGGAGUAAGAGUGCAUUUAUGGCCCCAAAAAGGGAAAUUGUCUUCAGACUUGCCUGCCGGUAAAAUGGUUCUGGAAGUGACAUCAAAGAUAGUGCAAAUUCCUGCAGGACCAGCACCACGGCAGGUUGAACCUGGCAGUCAGACUGAGCAAGCACCUCCAUCUGCUGUACUUCAUUUGGCUCCUGAGGAAAUGCAUGGCUUCAAAUUCCUGACCAUCUCAGUUGCACCUCGUCCGACUAUUUCAGGCAGGCCUCCACCAGCAACUUCCAUGGCAGUUGGGCAGUUCUUUAAUCCAGAUGAAGGGAAAUUAGAAUACUCUCCUGCAUCAAUGCUUCUAUCAAUACACUCCUAUAAGGAUAUCUUCUUGAAGGAGGACCACCCGCUUGCUUUCAAUCUGUCAUUUGCAAUUAGUUUAGGCCUUUUGCCUGUUAGUUUUUCUUUGAAAACUGCAGGCUGUGGAAUUAAAGAUUCCGCUCUUCUUGAUGAAGCUGGGGAUACUGGAAACACUAAGCUUUGCAAACUGCGGUGUUUUCCACCUGUAGCACUUGCUUGGGAUCCUACAUCAGGUCUCCAUGUAUUUCCUAAUUUAUACAGUGAAACUCUUCUUGUUGAUUCUUCCCCAGCACUUUGGACUUCUACUGGGACUGAGAAAACAACUGUUCUUUUACUGCUUGACCCUCAUUGUGCAUAUAAGGCAAGCAUAGAUGUUUCUGUAACCACCGCAGCUAGCAGAUUCUCACUUCUAUAUUUUUCACAGAUAGUUGGCUUCUGUGUCGCUGUUGUAUUUUUUGCUCUGAUGCGACAAGCACAUGCAAGGCCAAUUCCUUCUAUACUGAAAGCUGUGGAGUACAACUUAAGAAUACCAUUCCCAUUUUUGCCUUUUGUUCUUGUGCCCAUUUUGUUUUCCAUGUUCUUUUCCUUUCUAUCAUCUCAACCAUUUCCUCCAUUCUCUAGCUUUACCAUUGUGUCUAUAAUUUGCUACCUGUUGGCAAAUGGGAUUGUUAUUCUACUGAUAUUGGUGUCCCAGUUGGUCUUCUACGUGGCUGCGUAUUUACAUGUUUCCAUAAAAUCGAGAUGGCAACUAUGGGAAGGAAACUUUGGCCUUUUGUUUCUUCAGUGGUUUAUGAAUCUUUCUUCGAGGUUCCUUUCAUUAAAGGUGGUAAGGGUUCUAAGAGCCAAUCCGUUAUUUGUUCCGAUAUCAGCUGCAAUUAUUUUGUCGACGUUUGUGCAUCCGGCGCUUGGCCUAUUCAUACUGCUCUUAUCACAUGCUUUACGUUGUCAUAGUUCGCUGUGCAAUUCUUUGACAGCCUCAUUUCGUAGCAAUGCACUAAAAAAGGAAUCCGAUUACAAAACUGAAGACGAUUAUUCAUCUCAGCAAUUUAAACCCAAACCCGGCUCCCCUUCAAAAGAAAACAGCUCGAGUUAUAUUCAGACACAAGAAGAUAUCUUCCACACCCGUCAUGGGUUACUGGUGCUGCAUCUUCUUGCUACACUAAUGUUUGUUCCCUCCCUGAUGUCUUGGUUGCAGAGAAUAGGAAUGCAUCAGAGCUUCCCAAGAUUCCUAGAUUCAUUCCUUUGCAUUUGUUUGAUUCUUCACGGUAUCUAUAGUUCAGAGUCAUUGUUAAAUUCCGAAUUGCCCUUUCCACACAUCACGGGAAAGGAAGUGAGACUGAAUUCGAUCUACCUAAUUGCCGGGUUUUAUUCCUAUCUCUCUGGUAUGGCACUGGAACCGUAUAAAGUGUUGUACGCCAUGGGUGCCGUUGGGAUCAUUUCCUUUGCAUUGAGUGUCUUACAAGCAUUUACAGGAGCAACUCGAUUCGGAAGACGACGACAUUGGCACAGACACUAAAAUCGAAUCCACAUUUCCGAUACACAAUCCGGCACCGUCAAGUCAUCAAAAAUGGAGUUGCAGGUACAUCCAAAUUCCAAACCCUCCCAUCACUUUUUAUAAAUGAGUUUUGGGACACGGGAAAAAGAAAAACUUUUUGUUGUGAUAUUAAAACUGCAGGGCAUUUUUAUUGGCGGCUGCCAUGAUAAGGUUAUUUUUGGCAUUUCAAGUUGAACAAAGAGAGGGAUGAGAGUGAGUGAACAUUCUAGCAAU